UACUUCAGCAUUGGCUUUCCAGAUGUUCAUUUCAAGAUGGCACAUCAGCAUCUAACCUCUGACUUGCCACUGAAAAGGCUGUGUUGCUCUUCCAUAACAAUGCAGAGGAAAUCAGUCAGUUGUCACACUCACUGCAGCUGCAACGUUUGCAGCUGUCCACUUUCUCUCAUUUUGGAAGUCUUUGUUUUCAAACAAAAGAACCACUUCAAGAAUUCUUCAGAAAAGCAGGAGAAAAAAACCCAGGGACAGAUAUACUUGGAUAACAAGGAUAACAGUACAAUUUCUAGAAAACAAGAGAUGGAGCUGAAUCAGACAUCUCCUUCACAUCACACCAGUCUAUCUGCAAAGGUGGCAGCCAAACCAGUGACCAGAAGUUGCAACGAGCUGCGGCUAUUAAAAGAGUAUCAGGGCAUGGUAGCGGCUCUCGGAGUGCCACAGACCCCCUGUGAAAACACAACAAUAGGGGAUGAUUGCUGCGUUGCACUGGGGAAGGAUUUCACUCCUCUCCCCAUGCAGGGAAGAUAUCACUUCAAUUUUUCUAAAUUAUUCAGCCCAAGGUCAAAAAACACUUGCUUUACAGAGAGGACACCACUGCUGAAGGUUUCCUCAGAGGAAAAUGGACUACGGUGCAUGGCCCUUCAUAAUCCAGAUUUUACCACGGAUGAUGAUUCAUGGGACAACAGCUCUGCAGAAUUUGAACAAAGGUUUCAACUGGGAAGUGGAAUGACCAGUUUGUCCAGAUCUGUUUCUUCUGAGAGAUAUGAAAUCUUGGACAACCUCCAUGUAAAGUUCAAUUUAUCAAAGAUGAGAUGCUGUCUAAAAUUCCUAAAAGUUUCAGGCCUUUUUAUCUUUGUAGUUGUCUGCUCUAUUUUAUUUGGCAUUUAUCCAGAUCAAGGUGUGCCCUGGCAGAUGUUGGCUGUAUCAUCUCUGGAAAGCUUCUCUAUGAAUCUUACAGAUUUUCAUGAUUCUGCCCUGAUGAAGUUAGAUAUAGGAGGCCCUUUUGUAGCAGAUGUAGCUGAUCAGCAAACAGAGGAAUACAUUGUAGUACAAAUCAGCCAGACUGAAGAUGCUGGAUCAAGAAGGAGACGCCCGCAGCAGGUUGUAUACAACUGGUCACUACCCUUAAGUUCAAGAAGAAAUCAGCAAAUCAUCACAACUAGAACCUUUGAGAUACUAAACAGAGGCACCAUCUUCAUAAACAUUCAAGCUUUCCUACCGGAACCUGGGAGUGUUCCUCUCUCUGUGAAGUAUCAAUACCUGCAUGCAAGUAUAGAGGCACAAGUAACAGUUGCAUCCAUCACGUUAGUAGGUGUCUAUGUCCUGAUCAUACUGGAAAUCGUUCACAGAACCCUUGCAGCGAUGUUGGGCUCUUUGGCAGCAUUAGCCGCUUUAGCUGUUGUUGGGGAGAGGCCAAGUAUGGUCAAAGUGGUAGAAUGGAUUGAUUAUGAGACACUGGCGCUGUUGUUUGGAAUGAUGAUUUUGGUGGCCAUAUUCUCAGAAACAGGAUUCUUUGAUUACUGUGCAGUAAAGGCCUAUCGAUUCUCGAGAGGCAAGGUGUGGGCCAUGAUUACGAUUCUGUGCCUUAUUGCUGCAAUUCUUUCUGCUUUUUUGGACAACGUCACCACAAUGCUGCUCUUUACUCCAGUAACCAUAAGGCUAUGCGAAGUGCUUAAUCUUGAUCCUAGGCAUGUCCUGAUUGCAGAAGUAAUCUUCACAAAUAUUGGAGGGGCUGCCACGGCUGUUGGGGAUCCUCCAAAUGUGAUCAUUGUUUCAAAGCAGGAGCUGAGAAAGGAGGGAUUGGAUUUCGCAGCCUUCACAGGGCAUAUGUUUGUUGGCAUUUGCCUUGUUGUUCUGGUCUCCUUUCCUUUUCUCAGACUUCUUUACUGGAACAAAAAACUUUACAAUAAGGAACCAAGUGAAAUUGUUGAGCUGAAACAUGAGAUCUAUGUUUGGAGAUUAACAGCACAGCGUAUCAACCCUGCCAGCAGAGAAGAGACAGCAGUGAAAUGCCUCUUGAUGCAGAAGGUCCUUACUCUAGAGAUACUCCUGAGGAAGAAGCUCAGGACCUUCCACAGGCAAAUUUCACAAGAAGAUAAAAACUGGGAAACAAAUAUUCAGGAACUCCAGAAAAAACACAGAAUAACAGACAAAAUUCUUCUCAUCAAAUGCCUGACUGUGUUGGGAUGUGUUAUUCUUAUGUUUUUUCUGAACUCAUUUGUUCCAGGCAUCCACCUGGAUCUUGGCUGGAUUGCCAUUUUGGGAGCUAUUUGGCUGCUAGUGUUAGCAGACAUCCAUGAUUUUGAGAUGAUAUUGAACAGAGUUGAAUGGGCGACCCUUCUUUUCUUUGCAGCAUUAUUUGUUCUCAUGGAGGCUUUGGCUCAUCUGCAUUUAAUAGACUACAUAGGCGAGCAGACAGCUUUGUUAAUAAAGGUAGUUCCGGAGGAGCAGCGCUUGGCGGUUGCCAUCAUUUUAGUGCUCUGGGUGUCUGCUUUGGCCUCGUCUGUGAUUGACAAUAUUCCAUUCACGGCUACAAUGAUUCCUGUGCUUCUCAACCUGAGUAAAGAUCCUGAUGUUAACCUGCCUAUGAAACCAUUAAUCUUUUCCUUGGCCAUGGGUGCCUGCCUUGGAGGUAAUGGGACAUUGAUUGGAGCAUCUGCAAACGUUGUUUGUGCAGGAAUUGCUGAACAGCAUGGUUAUGGCUUCUCUUUCAUGGAGUUUUUCAGAGAUGGGAGGCAGAGGAAGAGGGAGAAGGAUCAAGGACAGCACCUCUUCAGCAAGAGAAAAUCCUGUGAAGCAUGUAAGAGACCUCAGAGGAGAGCCAGAAGAUGAAGCAGCUUCCAAACCCAAGGAGACCCACCAAACAGGUGGCAGUGUCAAAGCCAGUCACUCAGCUGGGAGGAUGAGGAAGGUACAUUGUUUCUAGUUUCAUUUAAGAGAUCAGUGGAGACUUUAGUGACAGUGAUUUUUCUGGUGAGAGAAUGAAUUACAGUAUUUGUAAAGUUUCUGUCACUGAAGAGGAAAAAAAAAUAGGCUGAGGGCCAAACUGAGACCUGAAAUUAAAUCCGCACCUGACUGUAGUAGUUUGCAUCACAAUUUAGUUGAGGAAAUUCCUAUUUUGGGGGCACAUUUAUAUACACUAGUGUGGAGGACAGCUAAAUUACCUGCAUCAGAGUGUAGCGCAGACCGCAGCAGAUGCCGUGAAUAGUGUACAAAAUUUAUGCUCUUCACAAGGAGAAAUAGACAACAAGUAAUGUAUACCUUUCUCAUUGCCCAUGCGGGGUUUACAGGGCAAACUCGCUUCCUUUCCCUCCCAUAAAUGUGUGUACAUGCAGACCUUUGAAGAGAAGCUUUAUAUCUGAUAUACUAAAAUUCAGAAAGGCAUUGGUUAAAUCUCUAACAACUUUUAAUGUUCUGUCAUCCUAUUAGUCAGACUUUAGAAUAAAUAUCUCCUGAUUUAAAUGGUUACUAAGAUUAUCCGAUGUUUUGAAUAAUGUACAGAAAAUUUAGUGAGUAUAUUUUUCUGAAGCAAAGUAUACUUAGUCAAUGUAUAUUCUGAAGUGCUAGCAAUUAGUU